GACAGCUGCUCUCGGCGGCGGAGGAAGGAACGGAAAAUACUCUACAAUGCGUUAGCCCGUGGCAAUGGCAAUGGCCCGUCCCCAAAUCUCCUUCUAAUUCACUCUGUGAGCCGCUUCGAGUCCAACAUGGCGUGAGAAUAACCGUGGAAAAUAAGUGCGAAACUGUCGGGAGUUACUGUAGCGGCGGACUGUGCUGCCGCUGCCGGGAAGUUUUUUGUUGUUUUCCAGUCGUGGGGCCCCGACGGUGGCGGCGGCGGCGGCUCUCUCUCCGGAGCGGUGUCCCGGUCCGCCCAGCCCCAUGCAAAACCUAACGGCCCCUGGCGGCCCCGGCAACUCCAAUGUCACCUGCUCCUGCAACUGCACCGCUUCCCAGCCACAGGGAAUGGAGAUAUCUGAACUGGAGUUUGUUCAGAUCGUCAUCAUCAUCGUGGUGAUGACAGUCAUGGUGGUGGUGAUCAUCUGCCUGCUCAACCACUACAAGCUCUCCACCUGGUCCUUCAUCACGAGGCAGAGCCAGGCCCGCAGGCAUGAGCACGCCCUGCAGCAGGAGGGGUGUCUGUGGCCUUCAGAAAGCAGCUCUCGACAAGGUGCCUCAGAGGUGUUAUACGCCCCCCAGGCCAGGGACCGCUUCACUGCUCCCUCCUUCAUGCAGCGCGACCGCUUCAGUCGCUUCCAGCCCACCUACCCCUACCUGCAGCACCAGAUCGACCUGCCACCCACCAUCUCGCUGUCGGACGGCGAGGAGCCCCCACCGUACCAGGGGCCCUGCACCCUGCAGCUCCGGGACCCCGAGCAGCAGAUGGAGCUGAACCGUGAGUCGGUGAGGGCCCCGCCCAAUCGGACCAUCUACGACAGUGACUUGAUCGACAUGGGAGGAGGGGGGGGCCUGGGAGGGGUUGGGGGAAUAGGGGGAGGAAUGGGAGGGGGCGGGCCGAGGCCCCCCAGCAGUAACUCGGGCAUCAGCGCGGCCAACUCCAGCAGCCAUGGGCGCAUGGAGGGGCCCCCGCCGGCGUACAGCGAGGUGAUGGGCCACUACCCCGGCUCAGCGUUCUUUCUACACCAGCACAGCAAUAACCAGAGGGUGGGGGGGCUGGGGGGCAGGACGAUCCAGCAGCAGAGCCAAUCAGAAAGCACAAUAGUACCUGCCAAGGCCAAGGAUGGCCAACCGGAGGACCUGGUGUGAAGAAAAGGGCAGCGGCAGGGGGCCACACACGCCGGACUGAACGCUGUCUGUCUUCUCCACCUGGUCCCUGUAAGCAGUGAUCUCUGUCACUCUGUCUCAUGUCCUCUCCACACUCCCAUGCACAAAGAAUAUCACCCUGAGCUCGAGAGAGGAACCCUGAGUCCCUUCCUUCCUGUGAGUGGCAGUGAGCAGCGAGCAGGAUGUAUGCACUGCGUGGAGACUUCCUGUCCUCUACAUGAAAAAACACUGCUAGCACAGAUUGGAAGGAUAUGCUUUUUUGUCCCCUCAGGAGACGGCGCUAUCCCUGGGAACUGAGGGCGAUGUUUUCCUUUUUUUGUUUCUUUUUUUCGGACCGGGAUCUGUGCACAAAGCGAGAACUGAGAAUCAAGGACCUACAGAGAACACAACAAAACAAGAGACUUACAAACCCAAGUCUUAGUGCCAAGGUUCAAGAGGAAGCAAAGCAGAGGGGGACAAACAGCUCGUUCUAACAUUCAACACACAAAAAAGAAAUGUUAUCUAAAAGUUGCACUAUCUUUUGUUGUAAAGAGAAGAGGGGAAUGAUGCUAUGUUGAUGAUGAUGAUGAUGAUGAUGAUGAUGAUGUGUUUGUUUUUCUGUUUUCUUCUUCUGUUGUCCUUUUCAUGAAUGGACUGAUUGACUGAACCUUGCCUCCAAAGUUCUUUAAACAGUUGGGAGCAAAACAAGUAUUAUAAGCUUAUGUCCUUCCUUUUUUGAAAACAGCUUGAAAUACUCGUACCCAGCCUACAACAUGUGCUUACCCACAGUGAGACAGCAACAAGUAACCUGUGACCAGCGGCUGGGCGGACCACACCUGUCCUACUUUACUAGUGUGUUACAGGAUGGACGUAGUAGCAGCAGCAGCAUGCUCCAUGCUCACUGAAGCUGGUUUGAUAUCAAGCAAACCCAGCAUCACAUUAUUCCGUAAUGAAAAGACAUAUCCAGUCUCCGUCCAGCCGCCUGGUCACAGCAGUUUCUCCACUUCUCACCUCUGAGCACCUGACACUGACUCUUUCCUGUUUCCUGCGUCCAUACCCCCCACCCUUAACCUUUCCCCCCCCUCACCGCUCAUCUUUACAUGCACAGUUCAUUCUGCCAACAGCCAUACUGAACACCAACCCCGCCAAUGAAAACACAAAACAAAAAAAAACCAAGGCUCGGCUCUCCGUCUUCACGUUUCUAAAGCCACAAAAAAACAGGACGACACAAAAUGAAGAUUCAUGUCUGCAUCCGCCAGCACAGCGAUCAGGUUUAAUGAAGACUGUCUGUGGUCGAAGUCAAAGGGCUAUGGGAGGGUCCUUUUUGUAAAAGAAAACCUUUUUGAAAAUUGAGCCUUUUACUCUGCUCAUUGUUGCCUUCUCCUCAGCUCUUGCGCUUCCUGUCUCUUUAUCUUGUUUGCUCUCAACACCAGUGCCCCCCCCCCCCGACCCCCCGCCCCAGUGUGUUUACAGUGUCUCUGCUAAACACUGUUCAUCAUACAUCCCUCCAUCUGUGUGCAGAAACAUGUGUUCAAAUGAUGCAGAGUCCGCCAAGCCCUUUAAAGUGGAGUCUGGAGUGGAGCCCUUGUUAGUGUGUGUGUGUGUGUGUGUGUGUGUGUGUGUGUGUGUGUGUGUGUGUGUGUGUGUGUGUGUGUGUGUGUGUGUGUGUGUGUGUGUGUGUGUGUGUGUGUGUGUGUGUGUGUGUGUGUGUGUGUGUGUGUGUGUGUGUGUGUGUGUGUGUGUGUGUGUGUGUGUGUGUGUGUGUGUGUGUGUGUGUGUGUGUGUGUGUGUGUGUGUGUGUGUGUGUGUCCUUCAAUGCAAUGCACCAGGAAAUGCUUUUUGUUUCAAAAUAUGAACACAAAUAGAAGAUCUGACCAAACAAAAUAUAUCUCUUACUAACUCUUUUAAAAAGUGCUUUGUCUCUGAUGAGGUCCCAGGAGGAGGCUGGUGUUAUUCAAUCAUCUUUUUACGUCAACAAAUCUCGUACAAAAACCAAACUACAGGGUACCUGACCAUUUGGUAGUGUUUCCUGUCUUUGGCACAAGCGUCCCGGUCUCGAACCCCACCUGUAGUCACAGGAUGUCUUUAAUAUGAGGGACAGUUAGUUGAUCCUGGGUCAUUUUAUUCUUUCAUUGCCACAGAAAAGCUAACAUGUGAGCGGGUUACUUUUCUAGAUGAUAGUCAAUCAUUUGAUAAAACAGCUGUGCAAUAUAAUUUUUAGCAGAGGGGAGGAAGUUUAGCAUUUACAGCAGUUAAUUAAUCAAUAUAUAUGUUAUGUGUGGGGGUGAAAUGAACUACAGUGUUUGUGUUCACAGUAGGGAAGGUGGUACAUCAGGGUGGCUCGCUGAUGUCACAGAGGGAAGGCAGUCCAGCUCUAACGCACACGCUGUGGUUUUUUCUGUGGGAUUUGUUGGCGAAAACAGAAAUAUCACCAGCCUUAUUUUUGAAUCAGCUGUGGCAUUCCAAAGUCUCAUUUGGAGCUGUUCACAUUUUAAAUGAGUUACUGUUCAAACAGAGCUGCACACCUUCAGAAGUGAUGAAGGAGGGGGGCUAUUGGUCAGUUUGUACGAAGGCGUUGUGAUUGCAUCGGUGUGUUUGAAUGUAUUUGUGUGUGUGCGUGUGCGUGCGUGCGCGUGCAUGUUACUACAUCGCUGCUGCUAUUGCUGUUGCUGCUAAUAUUGUUGCUACUGCUGCUUCUCAUGCACCCCCUCCCACCCCCAUGUCUUCUGUCCAUCCACUCAUACAAAAACCUACCAGGAGAGAAAUCUGACUCUCUGCAGUCAAAAGCACAAGUAUUGAGACAAAGCGGGGUCUUGUUUCCUGUGAGACCCACUUUAAAUGUUCAUGUUGUUCCACACCCCCCUGGGUGAGUCCGAGGUGAGAGGAUUGUCCCAACACUUCAGCCUUUGACUGACCCGCUCCAAACGGCGUUUCCUUCCUCUCUCUUCCUCCUCUCUGUUGUUUUCUCGCCUUGUUCUGUCUGCGCAGUCAGCUUGUAAAUUGAGGAUAUAAAGAUGAAUUUUAUGUUUUCUACAAGGAGGUUUGCAUGUUACUAUUAUGUGAGUAAAUAAGGUGCCUAAUGUUCAUGUUUGAGCAGACCACACCUCAGUCAAACUGCUGCUCGGGACCCCCCCAGCUGCUCCAUCUCCCAAAGACUCCUGACUGGCUCAGUGGAACAGGAAGCUGUGGGAAAGUUAGCGAGGUUAGCCCGAAAAUCAUCCUGGUGGACAGAUGUCACAGUGGUGAUCCAGGCCUCAGACUGAAUCUGAUCUAUACAUUUGGUGACACGCUUCCAUUGUGCCAGACAGAUGUGGUCACUCGUGAGAACCCAGCUGGAGCCGUUCCAACCAGCCAUUUGUCCAGCGUGUGGAGCAGACAUAGGAACCCACUUGCACUCAAAAAGCUCCCACCUUCGUUGUGCCUCACUUCCAACGGUGCUUUUUUCAGUAGUCUGUCUUUCUUUGUUUGUUUGUAAGGUGCUGUAUAUAACUUGAAUAUAUUAUGCACAUAUCCUACCCAAUGGGUAGAAACCACAAAAAAUGUUGUGAAUAAUGUAAUAUAAUGUAUAGACAAUAUAAGAAUUUUAAGAAGGCAGCAUCAAAUUUGUAAAUGGCCUACAGUUUAAAAUGUGCUUUGUCUUUUUUUAUGAGAAAACAUGGUUUGCAAAUAUGCUUACAAUAUGGUUGCAACACAAAUACAAAUUACUACUUAUAAUAUUUUGCUAUAAAUAAUAGUCUGUUAUGAAAAGGAUGAGAUAACCUCUGUAUAAGGAACAGUUGAGAUGGAUAUUAUUCACUUGUUUAUUGGAUUACUCCUCUAAGAACAAGCUCUCAUGUCUCUCCAUCAUGUGGGAUCAGCCGAUGCUUUGCUUCACCCCUUACAAGCGUCCGGCUGAUCCACAGGUCUUACAGAGACACUCAUCAGUCUCUGUUUAUGCCACGACUUCAGCCGGGCUCUGGUUGAAUUUCUACUCGAUUUGUAAAUUGAUGAACAAAAACCUGAGGCUCUCUGGUUUAGGAUCACAUGACCAAUGCACAUGAGAGUAGUCAGCACUUCAGAUGUGGAAGAAUACUCAUAGAUGUUAACUACUCUUUAGUUCAGCUGUCAUUUUGUAUAUCUGCCAAAUAAAUCUGUGGAGCACACUGUGGCUCCGGUUCAAGCAUUUCAGCUCCGUUACAGGAGGCCCCUGACUUCAGAUGGUGAGCAGGAGGAGUGUGGAACAUUCAAGGAGAACUGGUCAUUCCUUUUUCACUCGAGAUUGGGAGUGUUGCACCAGUGCUAGAUGAGUGAAAAUGCCGUUAUUUAUCUUUUUUUCUCUUUUAUUAUUUGUUUUAUUUUCUACAUUACAAUGUUAUAUGUGGCACAGUAUAUUGAAACGAAGGUCAUGUUUAAUCUGUAGUCAUUUAUUUACAGUUUGUACUGAAAAUAACUCCACUGUACAAUAACCGCAGAGCAUGUUCAUUCUUAUCUAUAGACGAUGUACAUAGCAACGCGCCAUCCUCUCAAAGCACCAGGUCAGUGGCAGUGUGCAGGUUCAUCUGGAAAAGUCUCUAUUGUACCUUCGGCUGGAGCCCCGCUCGGCUUUCUUAACACACUUUUCAUUUCCUGCACUAGCUUGAAGAACUAACUGGGGCUCAGACCCCCCCCCCCCCCACACACACACACACACACACACACACAGCGUGCUCCCUCUUUCCACUUAUCAGAAGUCUGUACGCAACUGCUGACAACAAGUAGCUGUUUCUAAUAAUAAUAAUACUCACAUGAUAACGUCUCAACAGUUGGGUAUUCUCUGUCUCAACAGUUACCAUAGGACUGCUUCCAUCAUGGGUUUUGUAACAUCCGUUUGCUUUAUUUACAAAAUGAAUCCUUCUUGUUGCCCCCCCUCCCCUCUGUGUUCAAAUGGAGAUAUAUAUGACUGUAUCCAGUAACCAUACAGUGUAUAUAUGUCUAAACACCGAGGUUAAAAUCGUUGUGUAUUUUUGCCUCUUUUUAUUUAAGCAAUUGUGAUGUAAUAGGUUUUAGGCCUAAGGUCUGUUAUUGCAAUACUUUUACAGAAAAGAAGAAAAAAAAUCAAAAAAUGUUGCUCUAAGUGCUGUUGUAGUCAAAGAUUUUAUGCUUGUACUUAUGCUGUAGUCAAACUGCAGCGUAAUGAAUAAACUUUAAAAGUGA